AUGCCUAUUACAUAUCAAUUACAAGAUUAUACAGAAAAACCAAUUGCUGGCUGUUUUUACUCUGAGGAAAUAUCUUACUCAGAAGCGAAAGGUGGAGCAUUUUGCAAAUAUUGCUUGGUUUUUGUAAAAGUUGGUGGAAAAAAUAGGCAACCUUUAGGAAAUUUUGUCAAAACAGCUUUUGAUGCAUGGAAAAAGGCAAAACAGGCCUUUCGUGAACAUUCUGAAAUGAUCUAUCAUACAUCAUCUACUCUGGAUGCAGAUCAUUUUUUAAAAGUGUACUCCAAACUUGAACCAACAAUAAUAAACCGAUUGGAUUCUAGUAGAGUUGAGCAAAUCAAAGAAAAUAGAAAACGUCUCAUUCCUAUAAUUGAAUGUAUUAUUUUAUGUGGCCGCCAGGAAAUUGCCUUGCGAGGUCAUAGGGAUGCUGGCAAUAUUUUUACUCAUGAUACAUCUAAUCAGGGAAACUUCAGGUCAAUUUUGUUGUAUAGAACUGAUGAAACCACAGAUAUAUCUGUGACUGAACAGCUUGCUCUGUGUGUUAGGUAUAUCGAUAAAGAAAACAAUGCUAAUGAAAGCUUUCUUAAAUUCAUUCAAGUGCAGAGUUUAUCUGGAAAAAACUUGGCAGAUUCUAUUUUGAAUGGGUUACGACACGACGGAGCAAGUAACAUGUCUGGUCAAUUUCAGGGUGUACAAGCACAAAUAAGAUCUAAAUACCUUAAAGCACUUUAUGUGCAUUGUGCAGCCCACUCUCUAAACUUAGCAGUUUCAACUGCUAGUAAUAUUAAGCCAGUUAGAAACUGCUUGGGAAUUAUUGAAAAAUUAUAUGUAUUUUUCAAUGCUCCGAAACGAAAUGCAGUACUUUUGUCAGCUAUUGAAAAUGGCAAUACUGAUCAAAAGGUUAAGACACUUAAAAGGUUAUGUGCAACGCGCUGGGUACAGAGGUAUGAUUCUGUUAACGAUUUUAUUGAACUUUUCGAAUUUGUAGUUAACGCUUUAGAGUGCAUAAGUAAUUGGAAUGAUUCAUCAGCUACAGAUGCAACAUUACUUUUAAAAUCAAUUGACUCAGAAUUCAUUAUUUCUGUUAAUAUUGUUCAGCUAAUGUUUUCAUUCGGAUUACCUUUAUGCAAACAAUUGCAAAAAAUAAAUAUUGAUUUAAAAGAAGCUAUAAAUUUAGCACAAGACACUGUUAAUGAAUUGAAGACAAUUAGAAAUAAUUGUGAUGGUGAAUUUAAUGACAUAUUUUCAAAAGCAAAGGUAGACAAAAAUAAUUCAUUAACAGAGUUAAGACUUUGGCGUACAAAACUCAGGAGAACUAGCUGUAUACCUAAAACUGGGAUUGAUGCACUUACAGAAUGCAACAAAGAGAUAUACCCUAACAUUUAUUUAUUAUUAAAAAUAUUGUGUACAUUACCCGUAUCUACCACUACUCCUGAACGUAUGUUUUCAGCUCUAAAAAGAGUUAAAACCUACCUACGGAAUACUAUGACUGAAGAUAGGUUAAAUGGUUUGAGUAUGUUGGCGGUCCAUAGAGAUGUCGAGGUUAAUCCAGAAGAUGUGUUAGAUGAUAUUGCUAAAAGACCCCAGAAAUUAGAUCUAGUUUUGUAA